CACUGUAAUUGGAGGUUGGGCUCUCAAAAGGUAUUGUUGGUUUUCUUUCUUAGCCUGGGUGGUACAGAGUGAUCCAUGUUCAUAGCCUAUUGUGGUCUUUCAGAGGGUUAUCGCUGGCUGGUCACCCCUGAGAUGUUGGAAAAGGGAACAGGCACCUGGUAUGUGAAUGCCAGUCUGUUUAACUCAACCUGGAGCAAGGGACUGACACUACAGAUCACCACCUUCACUACUAAGUGCAUGUACUGGAACACUAAACAGCUGACAUGGAGCAUAGCUGGCUGCUGGGUGGGUAUACAGUCAACUCCCAGGAUGACACAUUGUCUGUGUAACCACCUGACAUCGUUUGGGAGCUCUUUCUUUGUGAUGCCCAACUACGUAGACGUGUCUCUCACAGCUCAGUACUUUGCCACAGUGAAUGAGAACUAUGUGGUGGUGGCGUUGCUCUCUGCCUUCUUUGGCCUGUACCUGGUCACUCUGCUCUGGGCAUGCUAUGCAGACAGGAGGGCCCUCACCAGGAGGAAGAUGACACUCCUGAAGGAUAACCACCCAUGUGCCAAUUAUAACUACCUACUGAAUGUCCAGACUGGCAGUCGGAGAGGGGCGGGUACCUCUGCCAAUGUGACAGUCAAGUUGGUGGGUACACAGGGAGAGAGUGAGCCCCACCACCUAAGUGACCCUGAUAAACCAGUAUUUGAGAGAAGGGGUGUGGACUUGUUCCUGGUGACCACACCCUUUCCCCUGGGGGAGCUGACGGGCAUCCAGCUGUGCCAUGACAACUCUGGGGGGCACCCCUCCUGGUAUCUCAACAAGGUGACGAUCCAAGACCUGCAGAGACAGAAGGUUUGGCACUUCCUGUCCUCAUCGUGGCUGAGCUCCGACAGGGGGGAGGGGCUGACCAAGAAGACCCUCAACGCUGCCAAGAAGAAUGAGAUCAGAAGCUUUAGAAAUAUUUUCCAGACCAGGACGUCGUCAGGCUUUAGAGAUCAGCACAUCUGGGUGUCCAUCGUAGACCCUCCCUGGCGUAGCCCGUUCACCCGAGCACAGAGGGUGUCCUGCUGCAUGAGCCUCCUGCUCUGCACCAUGGCCAUCAACAUCGCCUUCUGGAAAAUCCCCAAAAACCAUCAGUCUCCUGUCAUCUUCACCAUUGGUUCGCUGGAGGUCACUUGGGAGGAGAUCAUGGUGGGGGUGGAAAGCGGUUUGCUCAUGUUCCCCAUCAACAUCCUCAUCAUCACCAUAUUCCGCAGUAUCAAGUCACGAGUUGCCCAACCAAAGGAGAAGAACCACGAUAUUCAGGGCCUGAAACCCCUCGCUGUUACCAUGCCAACCAUUCUUAAGGACACAGAGGAGAUGGUGAAUCUGCUCUGUAAGAGCCAGAAGAACAAAGUGCCUGAGCUAGAGAAAAAGCUGGAGUCAUGCGAUGACCUUUGCUCAGCCUUGGGUAGAGUGCAAGGGGUCAUUCAGCUUAUGCAAGGGUUGAGUGAGGGUGACCCACACUGGGUCUACUGCAGCAAGUUUGUCCUGUACUUCCUCCACCACCUGUCCAUGUGCCUGGAGCGGCUGGAUGAGAGUGCCUUCCCCACCCCAGAGGCCCGUCAACACAUCCUGAACACCGUCCACCUGCUGCAGAAGACGUCCGAGAUGGUUUUCACCAGCCACAUGGCUUACAGUCCUCCCCGUGUUGCUAGGGAGAAAAGGAAAAGCUCAAGCUGCUGGCUGCCCUGGUGGUUUGUGUUUGUGGGCUGGUUCUUGCUCGUCUCCAUCAGUGUGGUGUCCACGUACUUUACCCUGAUGUAUGGCUUUGCCUAUGGGAGGGAGAAGUCCAUCCAGUGGGUUAUCUCUCUGGCCAUGUCCCUCUUCCAGAGCAUCUUCAUCCUGCAGCCUCUUAAGGUAAUUGGUAUGGCGAUCUUCUUUGCCCUCCUCCUCAAACCAGUGGCAGUAGAAGACAGUGAGGAGGUUGGACUACUCCUGAAAGAACAACAGGAGAUGUGUAAAUUGUACUCUGGUAGGGAGAUGCACUGAAGAAACACAAUUUAGCUCUACACGCUGUCUCCAGAGGAUCGAUGGGGUUGGAAAACCUGAUGCCCUACAACAGACAUCCUCUGCUCUGCUGCACUGACUAUCAACGUGGCAAACUGAGAAUAUAAGUUAUUUGAAAAUAUAGUUAUGUUUUUAUUGAAUAUUUGUUACUCUUAUCUUAUAAGAAAUGUAUAAGGCAUCAUAUGUAUGAGUGUACUGAAAACUACUGUAUCAUUGAAAUUGUAAUAUUUAGUAAUAAACUGAUAGUUAGAAACUUU